CAGAUAUUUGUGUCUUUUAAAAUUCAGUCUCUAUAUUUAUUACACUGUUGAGAAAUAUCAAGUUGAUCACGGUUUGGUCCUGGUCUUACAAGUCAACUUUUUAAAAGAAACAUAGUAACUCGGACUUUUUGGAAGUCUAGAGAGCUUCUGUCGUAGCUUCUUCAAGACAUCACAGAACUUGAGGAGAGAGAAAAGAAAUAAUGGGCAUAGGAAGAGGAGUGUUGGGUUUAAUCCCAGUUUCAUCACCAGACAGCCUACGGAAAGUACUUCAAACGCUUUCGGGAAAAUGGGGAGACGUAGUGGAAGACCUCGAGAGGAUUCAGGUGAAACCCAUGAAAGGUGCAAUGACUAACCAAGUUUUCAUGGUGAAUUGGCCCACUAAGGAUAACAACUUUCACCACAGGAAGCUUCUUGUUCGCGUUUAUGGCGACGGAGUCGAUCGCUUCUUCGACAGGAAAGAUGAGAUUCGUACCUUCGAGGUUGUCUCUCGAUACGGUCACGGUCCUAGACUCCUUGGUCGGUUUUCCGGCGGUCGGAUCGAGGAGUUUAUCCAUGCACGGACUUUAUCGACCGUUGAUCUACGUGAUCCGCAACUAUCUGCUCUUGUUGCGGCCAAGCUAAGAGAAUUUCAUGGUAUUAAGGUCCCUGGUGAUGGAAAUGUACUCCUUUGGAAUAGGAUGAGGAAUUGGCUUGGACAAGCCAAGAGUCUGUGUACACCUGAAGAUUCAGCGGAGUUUGGUCUAGACAACAUUGAAGCUGAGAUCAACUUGCUGGAACAUGAGCUGCAAUAUGAGUAUAAGAAUCAGGAGAUUGGGUUUUGUCACAAUGAUUUGCAGUAUGGUAACCUCAUGGUUGAUGAAGACACCAAUGCCAUUACUAUCAUUGACUACGAGUACGCUAGUUAUAACCCAGUUGCAUACGACAUAGCAAAUCACUUCUGUGAAAUGGCUGCAAAUUACCAUUCUGACACUCCCCAUAUCUUGGAUUAUUAUUCUCUAUACCCAGGAGAAGAAGAACGGAGGAGAUUCAUACAUAACUAUCUCAGAUCUUCAGGGGAGGAUCAUAGAGAAGAAGACAUAGAACAGCUCUUGGAAGAUGCUGAGAAGUACACAUUGGCAAGCCAUCUCUUCUGGGGAUUAUGGGGAAUCAUCUCUGGACAUGUGAACAAGAUCGAUUUCGAUUACGCUGAGUACUCAAGACAGAGAUUCAAACAGUACCGGCUUCGAAAACCCCAGCUCUUGCGAUCCUUUUCCUGUAAGACGUACGAAUAACUUGUUUUAAACACAAAAAUGUUGUAACUAAAAGUUGUUACCAAAUCUAUCCAAUUUCUAAAAAUCAAUGAAGAAGUCAAGCUUAGAAGUUAGAAGUUGAUGUAAGCACCGAGCUGUCAAGGACUUAAACAACCCUGAUGGACAGAUUGUUUUUCGAACUACUACCACAUUAAUCUCUGCCUUAGACCUUUGGGAGUUUCGAGUCUAUCUUGAGAUUCAUGUUGGAGUCCCCUUGGACCAAUGGCAGCUGGUUGAGUUCAUUAACCUCCGACUCUUCUGUAUGUGGGAUUAGAGUUUUUUUUUGUUGUAAUUACUAUAAGACUUUGGUUUUAUCCUUUAAGGUUGUUUGAUAGCAAGAGCUGGAAAUUUUCUUAAUCCCCUUGAUGCCCUAAGGAGUGGAGAACUUGACUGCCUGAUAGAAAGUGGAAGGGAUGUUUCUCAUAUCGUGGAUCCAAGGACAUCACUUUAUCUAUGUUGUAGUAAGAAUGUUGCUUGUGUCAACUUCUUGUUUUUUUUUUAUCUGAAAAUACUUUGUAAUCUCCUUCUGUGUCUCUGGUUUUUCCCUUUGUUCCAAAAUUAAGAUCUGGCUCGUGGUGUUUUCUUAACUAUGACUAGCUAAAUGGUUAUUCCAAUA